GGAAACUGGAAGGGUCGCGUAACGCCACACGUGACUGGCGCCGCUGACAAGGCUAACAACACGGUUCAAUUACUGACCUCACCGCCCACCCUCUCUCUCUCUUCUCUCCCGCCAUCUCAUUCUCAUCCAAGUUCUUGACGUCAAUACGCGUAUUAGCACCUUUGUUUUUCUAGAAACUCAUUUAUCUUUCUUGCUUCUUUCUUCUCUAACAUAAAUAACAAUCCCCAUCAUGUUUUCCAUUUCCCACUGCUAAGUUUUGGGUCUGGGGAUAGCUACUACAUUCAAACGAAGAAGCCAUGCCUCUAAACCGGCUCUGUUUCAUUCUCCCGGCUGAUACCGAUGAGAUCAGUCCUGAACCUGCAGAAGUAUCUCCAGCUCCAACCAACAAACCAAAGCCUAAACGCACUGCCAAAAGCCUCCUCCAUUUGCCCGCCGCUUCUGUCUCUGUUUCCACCGCCGUGAUGAACACAACUCACCUGGCUCUCUUUCUCCAUUCCAAGACAUCCCCGGCGUCCACCCAAGCUACUACUACUAACAACAACAAGAAGAAGGUCACUGAUAGUAAUCCCAGGAUUUUCAGCUACUCAGAACUUUAUAUAGGCUCUAAUGGGUUUAGCGAUAAAGAAAUCCUUGGUAGCGGUGGUUUUGGUCGUGUUUACCGUGCCGUGCUGCCCAGUGAUAACACCGUCGUCGCUGUCAAAUGCGUUGCUGGUAACCGUGCUGACCGUUUGGAGAAGACCUUCGCUGCGGAGUUAGCCGCCGUCGCUCAGCUUCGCCACCGGAAUCUUGUCCGGCUUCGUGGUUGGUGCGUUCAUGACGAGCAGCUUCUUCUUGUUUACGAUUACAUGCCUAAUCGGAGCUUGGACCGAGUGCUUUUCACUCCGGUUUGUUCUCCGUCUCCGGCUCCGGUUCUCAGUUGGGAGCGGCGCAAGCGCAUCGUCGCCGGGCUUGCGGCUGCGUUGUUCUAUCUUCAUGAACAGCUUGACACUCAGAUCAUUCACCGUGAUGUUAAGACGAGCAACGUGAUGCUUGAUUCUGGGUAUAAUGCCAGGCUUGGUGAUUUCGGUCUUGCCCGGUGGUUGGAGCACGAUGAGCUCGGACUCUCGACGAGAUCCAUCUCGCUUAACAACAACUACCAGUUCAGGAUGUCCGAAACCAGUCGAAUUGGCGGCACUAUCGGUUACUUGCCGCCGGAGAGCUUUCAGAAACGGGGAAUGGCCACGGCCAAGUCCGAUGUUUUCAGCUUCGGCGUUGUUGUUCUCGAGGUUGCAACAGGACGGCGUGCGGUGGACCUCGCGUUCCCCGACGAGCAAAUAUUCAUGCUUGAUUGGGUCCGGCGAUUGGCCGACGAUAACAAGACGUUGAACGCCGCUGACCCGAAGCUGCGCGACGGGUCUUAUACACUCAUCGGAAUGCGGCGGUUCAUUCAUCUUGGUCUCCUCUGUUCUCUUCAUAAUCCCACGUCUCGUCCAACAAUGAAGUGGGUUGUUGACGUUCUCGCCGGAGAUUGUUCCGGUGAACUCCCGGCUCUCCCGUCUUUCCAAUCGCAUCCUCAGUACAUCUCUUUAUCUUCAUCAUCGUCGGACACAACCACAAGUACCGCAACCAUUACUGCCACUCUGUCCAGCUUCGUCACCGCUGCCAACACCACCAUGUUCCUCACCGCCGACAACGGCACUGGCAACGGCAAUGGCACCGGCGAGGAGAAGAGUAUUCGUGAUGUGACGUCAUUCCCAAACGUAGACACUCCGAGAGAAAUCCCCUUCAAAGAAAUCCUCACCAUCACAGAUAACUUCUCAGAGUCUCACAUGGUAGCAGAGCUCGACUUCGGCACCGGCUACCACGGCUACCUCCACGGCCGAUACCAUGUCCUCGUGAAACGUCUCGGCAUGAGGACAUGCCCGGCUCUACGCGCGCGGUUCUCAGACGAGUUACACAACCUUGGAAAGCUCCGGCACCGGAAUCUCGUCCAGCUCCGUGGAUGGUGCACAGAACAAGGCGAGAUGCUCGUCGUCUAUGACUACUCCUCCAACGCAAGCCUCAGCAACCUCCUCUUCCUCCCUAAAAGCUCAGUCCUUUCAUGGCAACACCGCCACCACAUUGUUAAAAAUUUAGCAUCAGCCAUUCUCUACUUGCAUGAAGAAUGGGACGAGCAAGUGAUACACCGGAACAUAACUUCGUCGGCGAUCUUCUUGGAUCCUGACAUGAAUCCUCGUCUUGGUAGCUUUGCUCUGGCUGAAUUCCUAUCCAGAAAUGAACAUGGGCACCAUGCUUCCUCUAGUCCAGUUCGUGGGAUAUUUGGUUACAUGUCACCGGAGUAUAUAGAGACCGGUGAAGCGACGACAAUGGCAGACGUGUAUAGUUUUGGGGUAGUAGUGUUGGAAGUGGUCACCGGAAUGAUGGCUGUGGAUUUCCGGCGGCCGGAAGUGUUGCUUGUGAGGAAAGUGAGGAACUUUGAAGCUAGUAAUGGAACAGUGGAAGAGCUUGUGGAUUGGAGAUUGGAUGGCAAGUGUGAUCAUGGGGAGUUGAUGAGGAUGGUGAAGUUGGGAAUAGUUUGCACAAGAUCUGAUCCGGAUUCAAGGCCAAGUAUGAAACAAAUUGUGAGUAUUUUGGAUGGAAAACAUGAUGAUUUACUGACGAUGUUUGAGGGGAAGAAGACUGAAGGGAGAGAGGAGUGGGAGAGAAAGAAUGCUUCUUCAUUAUCAUCGAUUAGGAGUAUUCAAGCUCUUGGGAUUCAGUGAAGAGUUUGUUUGUUUUGAUGCUUAGUUCUUGUUCAAAUUAAGUUUUUAGAAUCUUUUCUGUUCUGUUUGUCUGUCUGUCUGUCUGUCAGUGUAAAUCUCAUCAGUGUUGGAUGUAGAGUAUGUGUAGAGUAUUUUGCAUAGUUUGGUUUUUUUAAUAUUAAUCUGUUUGAUAAUAUGGUUUUAGUGAGUCACACA